CUGCUGUGUGUCAGGCAGUCCGCUCGUCGUUUUCCAGUCCCGUGAGAAGCAUCCACGACAUCCGCCAAAACGGUGAACUACACGGUAGACCAGAUUCGCAACAUCAUGGACAAGAAGGUGAACAUUCGCAAUAUGUCAGUCAUUGCCCAUGUGGACCAUGGCAAGUCCACUCUGACUGACUAUCUUGUAUGUAAAGCUGGAAUCAUCGCAUCAUUUCGUGCGGGUGAAACUCUAUUCACGGAUACCAGUAAAGAUGAGCAGGAAAGAUGUAUUACAAUCAAAUCUACGGCAAUUCCCCUCUUCUAUGAACUAUCUGAGAACGAUUUGGCCUUUAUUAAGCAAAGUAAAGAUGGAUCUGGUUUCCUUAUCAACUUGAUUGACUCUCCUGGCCACGUGGACUUUUCCUCUGAAGUUACUGCAGCUCAGCGUGUUACUGAUGGUGUCCUUGUUGUGGUGGACUGCGUGUCUGGUGUAUGUGUGCAGACUGAAACAGUACUCCGUCAAGCAAUUGCUGAAAGAAUCCGCCCUGUCUUGAUGAUGAACAAAAUGGACCGUGCACUUUUGGAACUGCAACUAGAGCCAGAAGAACUAUAUCAGACCUUCCAGCGUAUUGUGGAGAAUGUAAACUUUAUCAUAUCCACCUAUGGUGAGGGAGAGACAGGACCCAUGGGAAACAUCAUGAUUGAUCCAGUUCUUGGUACUGUUGGCUUUGGUUCUGGACUCCAUGGCUGGGCAUUUACACUCAAACAAUUUGCAGAGAUGUAUGUGCAAAAGUUUGCUGCAAAGGGUGACGGCAAACUGACACCAGCUGAACAUGCAAAAAAAGACACGAUGAAGAAACUUUGGGGAGACAGGUAUUUUGAUCCUGCCAAUGGAAAGUUUAGCAAGGCUGCAUCAAAUGGUGAUGGAAAGUUGCCUAGAACAUUUUUUCCAGCUUAUCCUGGACCCAAUCUUCAAGGUUUUUGAUGCCAUCAUGAACUUUAAGAGAGAUGAAACUGCUAAACUUAUCAAGAAACUGGACAUCAAGUUGGACAGUGAAGACAAAGAUAAAGAGGGAAAACAACUGUUAAAGGCUGUUAUGAGACACUGGCUUCCUGCUGGAGAAGCUCUUCUGCAAAUGAUAACCAUCCGCCUGCCAUCACCAGUGACUGCUCAGAGGUACCGCUGUGAGCUGCUGUAUGAAGUACCACCUGAUGAUGAAGCCGCUAUGGGCAUAAAAACUGUGACCCCAAAGGUCCAUUAAUGAUGUACAUCUCAAAAAUGGUGCCCACUACUGAUAAGGGAAGGUUCUAUGCUUUUGGAAGAGUCUUCUCUGGUGUUGUCUCUACUGGCCUCAAAGUCAGAAUUAUGGGACCAAAUUAUACUCCAGGAAAGAAAGAGGACCUUUAUCUGAAGCCUAUCCAGAGGACCAUCCUGAUGAUGGGGCGUUAUGUGGAGCCAAUUGAAGAUGUUCCAUGUGGUAACAUUGUGAGUUUGGUUGGUGUGGACCAGUUCCUGGUGAAAACUGGGACAAUCACCACUUUCGAACAUUCACAUAACAUGUGUGUUAUGAAGUUCAGUGUCAGCCCUGUAGUGAGUGUGGCUGUAGAAGCAAGGAACGCUGCUGAUCUUCCAAAACUUGUGGAGGGUCUCAAAUGUCUGGCUAAAUUGGACCCUAUGGUGCAGUGCAUCAUUGAGGAAUCUGGAGAACAAAUUGUUGCUGGAGCUGGAGAACUGCAUUUGGAAAUCUGCUUGAAGGAUCUAGAGGAGGACCAUGCCUGCAUUCCAAUUAAGAAAGUCAAAACAGCCGUGCCUGUCAAAGUCUCCUAACAAGCAUAACCAUCUGUAUAUGAAGGCCUGUCCAUUCCCUGACGGCCUUGCUGAGGAUAUUGACAAAGGAGACGUGAGUGCCCGCCAAGAGUUGAAGAUUUGUGCCCGUUACUUGGCAGAGAAAUAUGAGUGGGAUGUUACAGAGGUUAGGAAGAUAUGGUGUUUUGCCCCUGACGGUACUGGACCAAACAUCCUGACUGAUGUGACAAAAGGAGUACAAUAUCUAAAUGAAAUAAAAGGCAGUGUUGUGGCUGGCUUCCAGUGGGCCACAAAAGAGGGUGUGCUCUGUGAAGAGAACUUGAGAGCUGUCCGAUUUGAUGUUCAUGAUGUGACUCGUCAUGCUGAUGCCAUUCAUAGAGGUGGUGGACAAAUCAUUCCUACAGUACAUCGUUGCCUAUAUGCAUGUGUGUUGACUGCCCAGCCCUGUCUGAUGGAACCAAUCAAUCUUGUGGAGAUUCAGUGCCCUGAGCAAGUAGUUGGUGGAAUUUAUGGUGUCUUGAACAGAAAGCGUAGACACGUCUUUGAAGAAUCUCAAGUGGCAGGCACACCAAUGUUUAUAGUGAAAGCCUACCUGCCAGUCAAUUAAUCAUUUGGGUUCACUGUAGACCUAAGCUCAAACACUGGUGGCCAGGCCUUCCCACAGUUUGUAUUUGAUCAUUGGCACAUUCUUCCUGGAGUUCCAUUUGACAAAAAAAAAAUGCCACCAGGCCAAACCAAGUUGUGGCCGAAACCCGCAAGAGGAAGGGUCUGAAGGAGACUGUUCAAGCUUUGGAUAACUUCUUGGACAAGCUGUGAUUUUCCCAUCUGUUCUCUGCCCAACACCAUGACUGGAUUUGGUAAAUGGACUCUAAACUUCUUGGGUGAUGGCUUUUUAAAAAGAAGCUUACCCUUUACCUUCCUAUUGUACUAAAGUGAGACAUCCCCUUAACAUUCAUCUUGAUGUUUCACUGUAGUUUUGGGAAGACUAUUUAUUGUAUUUUGUGAGCUCUCCUUAUCUUGUAUCUGUGGUAGCUCAUGAAAUUGCAGUCUUCUGAUGGGGUAGUUGGUGCCAGACAAUAAGUUGUAAUACUGCGCAGUCACAGCAUGAAUAUA